UCCUCCCUUUCUCUCACUUUGUUCCCGUCAGAAACGUAGUCUUCUUUCGAUCAUGGCAAGUCACCUUCGCGUGUUCACUGCACUCUGCCUCCUCUCCACCUUCCUUUGCAUGGUGGGCUUCGCAAUCGCCGCUCCAAAUCUUGUCGUAGAAGGCCGCGUCUACUGCGACACUUGCCGCGCCGGCUUCGAGACGAAGGCCACCGAGUACAUCGAAGGUGCCAAGGUGAAGCUGGAGUGCAAGAACUACACGACGGGCGCGAGCACCUUGACCGCGGUGGCAGUGACGAACAACAAGGGAACCUACCAAAUCCCCGUGUCCGACGACCACCAAGAGGAAUCCUGCGCGGUGAUGCUGGUGUCGAGCCCUCGUAGCGACUGCUCCGAGAUCAGCGACGGGAGGAACCACGCGGCUGUUGUGCUCACCCACAAUGUUGGGAUCACCUCCAGCGUUCGCUACGCCAAUUCUUUGGGCUUCCUCAAGGACGUGCCUCUCGCCUCCUGCGGCCAAAUGCUCAUGCAAUAUGCCCUCGGCGUUGAUGACUAAACUCAUCUAAAUCUGCUGCUGCAGCCACACCUACGUUACUAUAUUUCCGCUUAUCGCUACCAUACUUUCUUUGCUUUCAUGUCUUUGAGCCUGCGAGAUGUUCUUGAUGAUUAGUUCUGCCUCAAGUUCAUCACUAGUGUCGGUCAAACUAUUAUUAUAUGUAUUUUGUGGCUGCAACGUGGUGAUCCUUUCCAUCCUGUCACAAUCUUUUGG